AUGAUGAUAUUCGUUUCUGGUGUAUUUAUUUUGGUUUCCACCCUUAUCGGCCUUGCUUCCACAGCUGCCACUGCGGCCAGAUCAGCCAGUCAACGGCCUCCGAGUUUGAAAGUGAAACAACUCGCCAAUUUUGGACCUAGUUCCUGGAUCGAAAAUCUUGCCAUCCGACAUUCAGGCGAAGUUUUGGCCACCGAACUGCUCAACCCGCGGAUCUUGCAAGUCGAUCCCGAGGGGAGAUUGCAGCCGAUAGUGAUUCAUAGCUGGGCCGAAGGUGCCAGUGCUGGCAAGUAUGAUGGUGUCUUGGGAAUCGCGGAGACCAGAUAUGACGAGUUCUAUGUGGCUGUGGCUGGUCUCUACGACGAGACUAUGAUGUUGUUACCCAACUCGACCAAUUACAUAUUCAGAGUCGAUUUCAGUACUUUGAAGGUGUCCUGGACAGGAGAGGUGCUCUCGAAUGCCACAGUGACCAAGCUCACCGACCUCGAGGGCUCUCAGCUUGUGAACGGAGCCGCGACGCUCAAUGAAGACGCCAUUUUGGUUGCCGAUUCCUACAAUGGAUGGGUCUAUAAGGUUGACGUCCGGACUGGAGAAUAUGAUGUGAUUAUCGAUGACCCUCUGAUGAAGUAUAGCUACGUUACAGAUCCGCAAGAGAACGUCGGUGUCAAUGGGAUCAAGGUCUUCAGAGGAUACCUUUACUGGACCAACUAUGCUGCUGGUCUUUUGGCCAGAAUUGAAAUUGACGAAGACGGGAAGCCAUGCGGUGCAUCCGAGAUCAUUGCUUCAAAUCUGACAGGAUCUGAUGAUUUCACUCUGGACGAAAACGGUGUGGCAUAUAUUGCUCUGGGCCUCUUGAACGAACUCCGCGUUGUCUAUCCUGGAGGCAGUAACAUGUCGACAGCUGUGGGUGGGCCGACGGCAGCGAAGUUUGGACGUCAACAUGGUGACCAUCAUCGACUGUACCUCAGUACUCAUGGAGGCUCGAGCAGACUACUCAACAGGACGGUCAUUUCCAACGGGACUAUUUCUGUCAAAUCCCGGAAUCAGCUCAAUAUCUCAUCGAACUCGGCACGGCGGCGCCAUAUUCUACCAAAAUCGAUUUCCAUCCCAUCGUUCCCGUCGGUGGUGCGGAACUCGUUGUCCUGGGCUGGAGAUACCCUGAAUGCGUAUCGCGAUGGAGCUUCCAGAGAGCAAAGGAAGGCGCUUACAGAUACUGAAGAUCGCAAGCAGGUUCUGUACCUCAGAAUACGUAAUGCAGUCUCGUACGAGGAGUGGAGGAAUUGCGCCUGCGAACUGGAUGAAUUAGAGGACAAUAAUACCUGGAAACAGACGUUCGAAUGUUCCGAAUACAACCCUCGCCUUGUGCAAGAGCGUCUCAAACAGCUGGAAGAAGCCCGCAUCAGCUGUGACGUCAGCCGGAUGCUUUUUCUUAUUCGCACUUCGCUGAGUCGCGAUCUGGGAAAUAUGAGCAAUGUUGCUCUGUACACGCAUUCUCAUGUCGGUACGAAGGACUUGAUCGACCGGUACAUCACGACGGCGCUCGACACGAUAUCAACGUUGGUGGAACUGUCUGGAAAGAAGUGUGAUGGGUUGGAGUUGAAGUAUAUGCUCGAUCAACUCCUCGCCGCGCGACAGGCGUUUGGUCGAAGCGCUCUUCUAUUCUCGGGAGGCGCCACGUUCGGAAUGAACCAUAUCGGAGUGCUCAAGGCUCUGUGGGAAGCAAAACUGCUCCCCCGCAUUAUUUCCGGCGCCUCGGCAGGCAGUAUUGUCUGUGCCGUUUUCUGCACACGUACGGACGAUGAGCUACCAGCGCUUCUGGAUACUUAUGCCUACGGAGAUUUUGCCGUCUUUGACGAGGAAGGAAAGGAGGAGAAUAUCUUGCAGAAAACAGCGCGGUUUCUCAAAUACGGCUCCUUUUUGGACAUUUCACAUCUUGCCAAAGUCAUGAGAAACUGGCUUGGCGACAUUACAUUUCAGGAAGCAUACAACAGGACGAGGAGGAUUCUGAACAUUUGUGUCUCCAGUGCCGGAGUGUACGAACUUCCAAGGUUGUUGAACUACAUCACCGCACCCAACGUGAUGAUUUGGUCUGCUGUAGCUGUUUCCUGCUCAGUACCGCUGGUUUUCACACCCUUUGUGCUGAUGGCCAAGGAUCCAUUGACCGGAGAAGCGGUUCCUUGGACUGAUUUUCACAGGCAGUACAUUGAUGGCUCGGUGGAUGGAGAUUUGCCCAUGACCAGGUUGUCUGAGAUGUUCAACGUCAAUCAUUUCAUCGUCUCACAGGUGAAUCCUCAUGUGGUUCCUUUCCUUCCGAAGGACGAUGGUCCCAGCUGUGGGACAACGCAAACGUCAUCCUCACCUAGCUGGCUUCACACCGUGACGCAUCUAGCCAAGGAAGAAAUAUUGCACCGGUUGACGGUCUUGUCGGAUCUUGGUGUCUUCCCCACCUCCCUCACCAAAGCGGCGUCCAUCAUGAACCAGAAAUACUACGGAGAUAUCAAUAUUUACCCGGAGAUUCUCUACGCAAAUUUCCCUCGAAUCCUCAAGAAUCCGACGACUGAAUUCAUGCUUCAGGCGUGUCUCAGCGGAGAACGUGCAACCUGGCCCAAACUCGGACGGAUCAGGAACCACUGUGCGAUAGAGCUCGCAUUAGACUCGGCUAUCCAGAGGAUGCGCGCGCGAGUCGCCUUCAGUCCUAGCCAGAUAGACUUGAGGUAUCACGGGUUGAAUGGGUAUUCAAUCGAGUCUCUCGAUAGCAGUGGAGGGCGCGGACGCAUGCUUAACCGGAGGAGCUCAUACGAUCAUGGACUGGAGCGAAUAGAGCGAAUGCGCCCCAAUUCGGGCCGCCGAUCCACAGCGCAAGUGAGGAGGUCUCAUAGCGUACUUUUCACCGAACAGUCACACAUCUCGGGUCGUUCAGCCAAAGUUGGACAAGAGAUUCAAGAUCGAAGCGACGACCGCCGGAGUGACCUGCCUGUCAACAGAGACGGAACAUAUUGUAGUGACUCCGAUUAUGACGAAACGGAUCUAUCGUCUCCAGAGCGACCGAUACUUUUCCGGGGCGCCUCAUGGGGAACCUCAAUCCAUGAGCAGCCAGCAUCAUGGCAUGGUCAGCAGAGCCCUGUCCGAACUCGGCCGUCCUUAUCAUCAGCAGCGUCCGUGAUGAGUUCCUCUUACCCGAAUGUCGUUGUUGUCCUCAAAGACAAUGUCGCCUCCACGCAGUUUACUACAGAUGACGCCUACAGUUCAUGCGAGCUCGACCUCGACUGGGUCGUCAACCCGUCACUCUUACGGCUGAUGCAUAACCAGGGUGGACAAUAUAAAUGA